CAACCAACUAACCAACCAACCCACAGUCUCCCAACCGCCAGCUACACUCACCACCAGUAACGCAGGUAAACGGAUUUGAUUCAAAGCUGGCAUUUGAAAGGCGGUAUAACUCGAAAAUCAUCUGCACAGACGUAGCCAGUUAACUCACCUCCGCCAUGUUCGACCUUCCCAUGGCCAAACGCGUUCGACGCGAUGAACUCCUAUCUAGAGACUCAGAAUCCCCGCCCGCAUCUCCGCCGCCCGAGUCCGCCUCCACAGACGUCCAUCAGCGCCUCGGGCAAUUGCUCAAUCUCGAUGCGCUGCUCGCACCUGCGUACCCCGCCCCUGACAUCGCCCAACAACAACAACCGAACGACUUCCAGGCGGAUGACGAGGAACAAGAAUUCGAGUUCCGGCUGUUCAGUGCCCCUGCCCCGACAGCCACCACGAAACCCGCAGCCGAUGCGACGGCAGAGAAUUCGGCCGCAAACGAGCAAAAAACAUCAUCCAUUCCGGCGGCGACCGCGGCGCAGAAGCUACGGAUCAGGGUCCGAUCUCCCACUCCUGGAGCUGGAGGUGCGGAUGAUGGGCGCUUCGUGAAUCCUUUCCGUGGAUACGACCACUAUUUCACCGCGCCGGGGUCCAUGACGGGGGGAAAGGUGGACAUCCAAGAGGAAGAGGCCCUCAGGGCCAAGAGGCAGCAGUUUGAGGAGGUAGCCGUAUCUGGGUUGCAGAUGCUGGGAUUUGCUCAGGUGCCUUGGCCUGGAUGUUACCUCCCUUGGAAAGUGGUCCAUCUGAAGAGUGAGAAGAAGACAAAAGGAUCAAAGGCUGCGGGGAACACCGAUGGAAAACCCACCACUUAUGUGAUUGAUCCGCCCGAACGAGUCCCGGUCUCCAGUACCAAGCCUGGAAAGAAGCGACGCAUUCAGUUGCGCAAACGCCGUACAGCGAGGGAGGCAGCGAAGAAGCGGGAGGAAGAGGAGGAGCAACGCAAGGCAGAGAAACGUAAUCGGAAAAACCGCGAGCAGAAGAUCAAGCGGAGACAGAAGGCUAGAGAACAAAAGGCCGCUGCCGCUGCCGCUGCCGCCGGCGGGUUAGCCGAGGGUCAAACUGCGCAGCUGAAUGCGUUGGACGAUGGUGCUUCUUCCGAUGGAGGAAGUGAUUGAGAUUUGUUGGAAGUAUAUAUCUCCCUCGGUCAAUUCCAGCUUAUGAUACCCAUGUCAAUAUCACACUGUUGCGGACACAAGACUGUCUUUUCAUAUACGCGUCUCAGGUUACUACUGCGCCAGAGGAAGUUGGCAUGCAUUUCAAUUCGGACUCGAUUUCGAAUGAUUUAAAAGGAAUAUGCAAGGAAUUCAAGCUAACGCAAACAAGAUAGGGUAUUUUGAGAGGAUGAGAUUGGCCACAGAGUACAAGGGAAUCGGUAGCAGUCAAUGCCGGGUAUGAGAUGCAAGGUAUUAAGAAAAAGUAGGUUUAAGGAAUGGAAGAUGCAUGGUUCUCACAACGCAUCAGUCGUCGCCAUGAGAACGAUUACUUGGACUCUUCAGC